GCCACUCUGAUGCGAGGUCCUCCUGGGCCCUCCUCGUCGUCAUCCUCGUCGUCGAAGAUGGCUUCGUCUACGAGGAGAUCCUGGAGACUCCAGGAUUUCCCAGCCCAUGCUUCGAACGUCAACUGUUUGUCACUGGGUCACAAGUCGGGAAGAGUCCUGGUAACCGGAGGAGAUGACAAAAAGGUCAACCUAUGGGCAGUCGGAAAGCAAAAUUGUAUUAUGAGCCUCAGUGGCCACACAACACCAAUAGAGUGCGUCAGAUUCGGCCAGACGGAAGAUUUGGUGUGCGCGGGCUCGCAAACGGGAGCGUUGAAGAUAUGGGACUUGGAGCACGCGAAACUAGCGCGCACGUUAACGGGCCACAAGCUGGGCAUUCGUUGCAUGGAUUUCCACCCGUACGGCGAAUACCUGGCGUCGGGGAGCUUAGACACUGCCAUCAAGCUGUGGGAUAUCCGUAAAAAGGGCUGUAUUUUCACAUACAAGGGCCACGACAGGACAGUGAAUAGUUUAAAGUUCAGUCCUGACGGCCAGUGGAUAGCCAGUGCUGGGGAAGAAGGCAUGGUUAAGCUAUGGGACCUGAGAGCCGGUAGGCAGUUGCGGGAAUUUUCAGAGCACAAGGGAUCGGCGACGUGCGUGGAAUUCCACCCACACGAAUUCCUCCUUGCUAGUGGUAGCGCGGACCGUAUCGUGCACUUCUGGGAUCUAGAGUCCUUCCAACUAGUUUCUUCCACUGAACAGGCUAACGCGUCCCCUGUCAGGUGUAUAUUCUUUAGUCAGGAUGGUGAGUGUCUUUUCGCCGGAUGCCAAGACGUGUUGAAAGUUUAUGGCUGGGAACCAGCGCAAACUUUUGACGCUGUACCGGUUGGCUGGGGGAAAAUUCAGGAUAUAGCAGUUGCUCAAAACCAAUUGAUUGGUGCCGGUUUUCAUGCUUCCAAUAUUGUUGUUUUCGUGUGUGAUUUAAAGAAAAUAUCACCCUUGGGAAACGAAACGUCGAAUUCUCCGUUUUCCUACGGUAAUUCACUCAGAAAGAGUUUCUCCAAAGAGCGACCUGCAAGUUUGAAAAAGCAUACAAUGGAUGUCAAAACGAUCGAGGAAGACAAAUCGGGUACCGACCCGGAAGACGACGUGACUUUCGAGAUACCAAAUGUUACCGAGUACAGGGAUGUCUUUCAGCCAACGCGAUCGCAUUUGAAUACAAAAGAUCAAGUUAAACGACUUAUGAUGCACUAA